AUGAAGCUGCCCUGUGGCUUCUUCCUCCUGUGGUUUGGCCUGGUGGGCAGCCUGGCAGAGAACGACCCCAGCCUCAAGGGAGAGGAGUCUUAUUCGGACUGGGGCCUGCGGCACCUGCGGGGCAGCUUCGAGUCGGUCAACAGCUAUGUCGAUUCCUUCAUGGAGCUGCUGGGAGGGAAGAAUGGAGUCUGUCAGUACCGGUGCCGAUAUGGAAAGGCGCCGAUGCCCAGACCAGGCUACAAACCCCAGGAGCCCAAUGGCUGCGGCUCCUAUUUCCUGGGUAUUAAGGUACCAGGAAGUAUGGACUUGGGCAUUCCAGCCAUGACCAAGUGCUGCAACCAGCUGGAUGUCUGCUACGACACCUGCGGUGCCAACAAGUACCGCUGCGAUGCAAAAUUCCGAUGGUGUCUCCACUCCAUCUGCUCUGACCUCAAGCGGAGCCUCGGCUUUGUCUCCAACGUGGAAGCAGCCUGUGAUUCUCUGGCUGACACCGUGUUCAACACUGUGUGGACCCUGGGCUGCCGACCCUUUAUGAACAGUCAGCGGGCAGCCUGUAUCUGUGCGGAGGAGGAGAAAGAAGAGCUAUGA